CCACCCAUGACAUCAUUGAUGCGGAAGUGACCUGCAAAGCUGCCCAAAUGGAGGUGUCCAUUUCAAAGUGUAAGCUGUUCCAGCUAGGCUUUGAGCGUGAGGGGGUGCGGGUCAACGACCGCCACUGUCCCGGCAUCGAGGGGGAGGACUUCAUCUCUUUCCAGAUCAACAACACCAAAGGCAACUGUGGCAACUUGGUGCAGUCAAACAGCACACACAUCGUGUACAAAAACACGGUGUGGAUCGAGAGCGCGAACAACACGGGCAACAUCAUCACCCGGGACAGGACCAUCAACGUGGAGUUCUCCUGCGCCUAUGAGCUGGACAUCAAGAUCUCCCUGGAUUCGGUCGUGCGGCCGAUGCUCAGCGUGAUUAACCUGACGGUGCCGACCCAGGAAGGGAGCUUCACGACCAAGAUGGCCCUGUACAAGAACUCGUCCUACAAGCAUCCCUACCGGCAGGGCGAGGUGGUGCUCACCACCCGGGACGUGCUCUACGUGGGGGUCUUUGUCGUCGGGGCCGAUUCCAACCACUUGAUCCUGAUGCUGAACAAGUGCUACGCAACCCCCUCGCGGGACAGCAACGACAAGCUGCGGUACUUCAUCAUCGAGGGCGGGUGCCAAAACAUGAAGGACAACACCAUUGGCAUAGAGGAGAACGGGGUGUCGUUGACCUGCCGCUUCCACGUCACCGUCUUCAAGUUCAUCGGGGAUUACGACGAGGUUCACCUGCACUGCGCCGUCUCGCUCUGCGACUCGGAGAAAUACUCCUGCAAAAUAAACUGCCCUCAGCACACAAGGAUGGCCAGCACGUUCGCAGAGGAGUCCAAGGAGCAGAUCCUCUCGGUGGGGCCUAUUAGAAGGAAGCGCUCAGACUGGUGUGAGGACAACGGAGGCUGUGAGCAGAUCUGCACGAGCCAAGUGGACGGACCCCUGUGCAGCUGCGUGACGGGAACACUGCAAGGCGACGGCAAGAGUUGCAGGGCCUCCAGCUCUUCAGGGGAGUGCCGUGCCCGGGUGACCCUUCUGGUGGCAGCCCAGCUGUGGCUGUGCGCAGCUCUGCGGGACCUGACCUCGCCUCGGGAGCUGCUCUCGGUGUCUCCUGAGCACAUGGACCUGGCCAGAG